UCGAGGAGCAUCACUACUCAUCACACACACACACACUCAAUCACACACACUUCCACACACACACACACACACACACACACACACACACACACACACACAGAAUUGCAGCUUGUCAGGAUGCGCCUCCUCUUCUGCUCAUAACCGCUGAGACUGAAGCACCUGAUGUCUGUGUUGGCAGAUCUGUCAAACAUCUCUGGAAACAUGGAGCCUCCCAACGCCUCCAUUCGUGGCCUCCAGUCGGUCAAGACGGACAAGGGGACCACGGUGGACAUCGACGCCAUCAUGGACAACGUGACCAUCGUCCUCUACACGCUGACCAUCGUGCUGGGGAUCACAGGGAACUCCACGGUCAUCUGGGUGGCCGGGUUCAAGCUCAAGCCCAAGGUCACCAAUGUGUGGCUGGUGAAUCUGGCCAUAGCAGACCUGAUAUUCUGCCUGACGCGAGUCCUCUCCCUCACCAAGAAGCUCUUCUUCGACCACUGGCCCUUUGGCGUCUUCCUCUGCAAGUUCAACGGCUUCUUCAAGUACGCCAACAUGUUCUGCUCCGUCUUCCUGCUGGCGGUGAUCAGUCUGGACCGGGUGCUGUGCGUCUGGCACCCGGUCUUCACCAAGCGCCGACGCACCUUGUGGGCCGCGCGGAUGGUGGCCAUCUGCGUCUGGGCCACCGCCAUCAUUUUGAGCGCUCCGUAUUUUGCCUACCGCCAAGUCUACCUGGGCAAGAACAACCUGAGUAAAUGUUCCCUGGAGGUCAAGGAGGCAACGGAGGGCGACAACACGGCCAAGCUCGCGCUCUACUCCAUCCGCUUCCUGUGCGGCUUCCUGUUGCCCUUCAUCGUCAUCCUCGUCGGCUACAUCCUGGCCGGCGUGGGAAUCCGACGCACCCGCCUGUCAGGGAAGUCCCGCCCCCUGCGCAUCUUAGCAUCACUGGUCAUCGCCUUCUUCCUGUGCUGGGCGCCUUACCACUGCCUCCUGCUGGUGAAGAUGGUGAACAACAAGAGCGCGGUGGUGAAAAUCGGGCUUCCCGUGGCAAAGGGGUUCGCCUACUUCAACAGCUGCGUGAACCCGCUGCUGUACUUCUGCAUGGGGCUGGACGUGAGGGGCCGGUUCAGGCAGAGUCUGGCUGGGGUGUACCGGAGGGCCCUGGCGGAGGACGGGGAGGGACGGUCAACGCAGUCCAACGAGCGCACGCUGGACGACAGCACCGGGUCUGGCGGGAUGAAGCCCAACACGGCUGUGGCACAGGACUGAGGAUCCAGCUGAUAGGUUGAUUCCCACCCGGAGCUUGCAUUGCAGACGUUUCCUAAACUCUCCUGUAAGCUUUUCGAGUAAAGAUUAUCGUUCGCUCCACUGUUAGCAGCUAGCAGAGCUACUGUUCUGCUGCAAGCACGUUUUUCCUCUCACACUGCAUUUAACAUGUGUGGGAGCCUGCAGAUCCA